AUGGUGAGCUACGAUGAAAUACGAAAGGCGGGAACUGAUUCUGCGCUUCCCGGCCUCAGACGCAUGCGAAAGGGACACGCAUCGGAGAGCUCUAUAGCCUCCGAGUCAAGAUUACUAAAGAGUCUGGCUGAAUUUCAACCUCGAAUAGGCGCAGUCUCAAAAGCCAAUAAUUGCAAGGGACUUCAUGGCUGCGGAGAAUCCACUUUGUCCGCGAAAGAAAUGGCGAAGGGGCUGAGAAUACAGCGAAAACCCAGUACUGUUUUGCAAACUUCUCAAGCACAUUUGGCUAAACUGCUCGCGUAUGAAGCUGGGUUUGAACCCGACGAAAAUCAGGAUGAAUCUUCAAACUCAGAAGAUGAUUCAGAAUCCGGAGAAGAUUCCGAUCAAUGA